CAUCGCCCAUCCACCCAUUACACAUCCUCCUCUCACCCCUACCUGCCCUACCUACGUCUCUCGCUUUUUUACGCCCUCCCCGAUUCCCACUCCCAGCUUCCCACUUUCACCCACCGCGCGCCCCAUCGCCCUUGCGCGCAGCAAUGAUACUGUAGCCGCCUGAUUCCCACUCCCACUCCGCCACCAUGUCCAUGUUCUCGUCGGCCCUCAAGUCCUUCACCUCCAACAUCUCCUCCAACUACAGCAUCGCCUCGCAGCCCUCGUCCUACUCCGGACCCUGGAAGAUCUACGAUGCCAAGAAAAAGAGCACCGGCAAGCCCGCCUCGGUCUUCGUCUUCGACAAGAAGAACCUGGAGCCCCAGGGCAGCGGCGGGCUGGGCAUGGGCGGGCGCGCCGCUGCAGGGUCGCUAAAGCGCGUGCACGAGGAAGUGCUGGAGCGUCUGAAGAAGGAGGCCAGUAGCCUGGCGCGACUGCGGCACCCCAGCAUCUUGGAGCUGGCCGAGCCCGUCGAGGAGACGCGCAAUGGCGGCUUGAUGUUUGCGACGGAGCCCGUGACGGCUUCGCUGGGCAGCUUGCUGCGCGAUAAGGAUGAUCAGGAACGGUCGGGCGGCCCGGGAGGGCGCGCCAGCAGGCACGUCGUCGACGACGCGGGGAGCAGGAGGAGGCGCGAGGUGGAGAUUGACGAGCUCGAGAUCCAAAAGGGCCUGCUGCAGGUGGCCAAGGGCCUCGAGUUUCUGCACGAGAGCGCGGGGCUCGUCCACUGCAACCUGACGCCCGAGGCCGUCUUUGUCAAUGCCAAAUCGGACUGGAAAAUAUCGGGCCUGGCCUUUUGCAGCCCGCCCGAGAAUUCAAACAAACCUACUUCUGUCGCUCCCAUUUCGCUCUCUGAGCUCCUCAAUCACGAUCCCCGUUUGCCGCGUUCGGUGCAGAUGAAUCUCGACUACACGUCGCCCGACUUCGUCCUCGAUAACAACAUCUCCGUGGCCGCCGACAUAUUCUCGCUGGGCCUGCUCAUCAUCGCCUUGUACAACUCGCCGCACCGCAGCCCGCUCGAAUCGAACCAGAGCCUGUCCACAUACAAGCGCAUCUUCGCAUCCUCGGCUUCGGUACCGACUCAGUCCAACAACUUCCUAUUAUCCUCUCCGCUGCCACGGCAGUUGCAGUAUGAGCUGCUCCCGCGUCUCAUCACGCGGAGGCCAGCGCAGCGUCUCAAUGCGCGCGAAUUCCAGCAAGCUGGAUACUUUGACAACAUCCUCGUCUCCACCAUUCGUUUCUUGGACACGCUGCCGGCCAAGACACCGAACGAGAAAACACAGUUCAUGCGCGGGCUUCCGCGCAUCCUCAACCAAUUUCCAAAGUCCGUCCUGGAGAAGAAGGUUCUGCCGGCGCUGCUUGAGGAAAUGAAGGAUAAGGAAUUGUUGGCGCUCGUGUUGCAAAAUAUCUUCAAGAUUAUUGGUUUGAUGCCUGCAGGUAGACGUGCGUUCUGCGAAAAAGUCAUUCCGCGUUUGCGCGAGAUAAUUCUUAGUGGUGGUGGCGUCAAGGGCGAGCGGGACAGUGCAAAGGAGGCGGGACUGAUGGUGCUGUUGGAGAACACGCAAUUGAUGGCCGACAGCACUAAUGGCAAGGAGUUCAAAGAUGACAUUCUUCCAAUCAUUCAUAUCGCUCUCGAAUCACCUACCCACUCCCUGGUCGACGCCGGAUUGCGGACUCUUCCCAUCAUCUUAUACGUUCUCGACUUCUCCACCAUCAAGAACGAGCUCUUCCCCAUCAUCUCUAGCGUAUUCGCCAAGACGACCAGCAUGGGCAUCAAGGUCCGCGGUCUGCAAGCCUUUCAAGUGCUCUGUGGCGGCACGCCCCCAGGACAGGACGGUGCCGAUGGCCUCGACGGUAUAAACGGCGACGCGAAAAAGAGGAAACAGAACCCAGCAGUCCUGGAUAAAUACACCAUCCAAGAGAAAAUCGUCCCGCUGCUCAAAGCCAUCAAGACCAAGGAGCCCGCAGUCAUGAUGGCCUCCCUCGACGUCCUCAAAGAAGUCGGCAAAAUCGCCGACUCCGACUUCCUCGCCACCGACGUGCUCCCGCUCCUCUGGCAAUUCAGCCUGGGGCCCCUGCUCAACCUGCCGCAGUUCCAGUCCUUCAUGCAGCUGAUCAAGCAGCUCUCGACGCGCAUCGAGACGGAGCACACGCGCAAGCUGCAGGAGCUCGGCGCGCCGGCCAACGCCUCCGCCACCGCCGCCCCGGGCGACAUGUUCCUGAGCUUCGGCGGCGCCGGCGCCAACGGCACGCUGUCGCCCACAGGCGGCGGCGGGGAAGAAGACUUCGAGGCGUUGGUGCUGGGGAAGCCUCGCGGCGUGGACGCCGCUCCGGCCUUCGACGGCGGGUGGGCCGCAAGCGGCACAGCAGCGGCCCCGCAGGCGUCGUCGUCGUCGCGGCCCCCGAACCCCCGCACCCAGUCGGCGGUGCAGUUUUCGUGGAGCACGCCGUCGCCGCCGGCGCAAGGGCAGGCGUACGCGCCUCCGCCCCCGCCCCCGCCGCAGACGUCGGCGCCGGCGCCGAGGCCAACCUCCCUGGCGUUUCCGACUCUGGCGCCGUCCGGUCCGAGCAGGACUAUCACGCCCGAUCAGAGCAUGGCCUCGUUCGGGGUGCUGCAGCCGCAGCGCACGGGCCCGCAGCAGCAACAACAGCAGCAAUCGGCGUUUAGUCUGCCGCUGCAGCCGGCGCGGGCGAAUAGCAGUGGCGCUGGCAUGGGCAUGGGCAUGGGCACAGGCAUGGGUGCGGCGGGCGCUUCUGCAGGCGGCAUCGACUGGAGCGCGGCGUCGCGCGCCGUCAACACGCAGAACGCCAUGCAAGUGCUGAAUCAGAACCGCAGCAUGGUGUCGUCGCCGCCGGCGGGGCAGCAGCAGCAGUCGCAGGGCGUGGCCGGCAUGUAUAGCGCGUUUUCUAUUGCGCCGCCGCCGGCUGGGGGCGUGGGUGCGGGGAGGGGCGCGGGUGCGGGUGCGGGAUCUGGGGGUAUGGGAGGAAUGGGCAUGGGCAUGGGUAUGGGGCAGCAGGGCCAGAAGAAGGGGUUGGAUCAGUGGGAGAGCUUGAUUUGAUCUGCCUUGCUUUUAUUGGCGGGGUUGGGGUUGGGGUUGGGCUUGCUGGCUCUCUUGGUUCGUUUCGUGCGUUCGUUCGUAUUUGUAUACCCAGGUUGGCAGGCGGACAGAUAGCGUAGGUAGUUGGUGUGGUGUUGGCAGUGAGAGGACGGCGGGGUUGGGAAUCGUUGAUAGGUAUAAAAGGGAAUAUGGAGAGACAAGUCUUGACGACCU